AUGGUGAAGUUAUUGAACAUAGAUCGCACCGCAACUUUUGCGAUCUCCAAUCACAACUUGCCCUACUUGGCAACCGCCAAUGUUGCUGGAGCUAUUGAUGUUGAUUUUUCAGACUCAUCCAAAUUGGAAAUAUGGUCUGCAUUCAACAACAAGAAUAAGACAACUCCUAUAAACUCUGUGGAAAUUGACUCUAAAUUAUACGACUUGACAUGGUCUGCUGACAACAAAUUGCUCGUUGGGGGUUUGGAAAACGGAUCAGUGCAAUUCUGGGAUGGCGAAUCUUUAAUCAAUAAACAGAAUAAUGACAAAGCUGUGUUGCACACCGCCACAAACCAUAGCUCUGCCGUGAAAAGUUUGGCAUUUAACCGUACCAAGAACAAUAUUCUUUUAUCUGGAUCUUCAAACUCAGAAAUUUUCAUAUGGGAUACCAACAAAUUAACAGCAGACCCAAUGACCCCAACUGGUGAAUCAUACACGUCAAAAAAUGGUAACCCAAAUGCGGGCUCUGCUGUUAAGAAAGGAACUAUCGAGGAAAUAAGUUCUUUAUCAUGGAAUCAUGUUGUUUCGCACAUUUUUGCCUCAUCUUCCACCAAUGGGAUCACUUCUAUCUGGGACUUGAAAUCAAAAAGAAAGGUAUUAAAUUUAUCUUACACAGCCAACACCAAUGCUGGUAACAUUAGAGCAAAUUUGUCCAGUGUUGCAUGGCACCCAACUCAAUCUACUAAAUUAAUCACUUCUUCAGAUUUGGAUAGUUUACCUGUCGUUCUCCAAUGGGAUUUGAGAUUCGCAAAAUCUCCUGAAUGUAUUUACGCUGGUCCAAAAGAGUUCAACUCAAACCCGCAAUUCCAUGAAGGUCAUUCAAAGGGUAUUUUAUCCAUUGAUUGGUUGUCUCAAGACAGCGGAUUCUUAUUGACUUCUGGUAAAGAUUCCAACACUUUCUUAUGGGAUACUAAGACUGGUGAGAAAUUAGCAUCUUAUCCAUCACAUCCAAAGACCUCAACCAUUAAUGCAAUUGGUUAUAACUCUUCCUCUGAUUGGAUUUUCAAGACAAGAUUUGCUGGCAAGAACCCAGAAUAUUUUGCCAGUGCUACUUUCGAUGGCAAAGUUACGCUCCAAACCUUGCAAGAUACUAGCAGCAAUCAACCAGAAGAAGACUCUAGCGCUGAUGUCAAGUCUAAGCAAGCCACUCAGGCCAAUAAAGAGACCAGUGAAACCGAUUUCUGGAAUCAAAUAUCUACAGAAGACAGCUUAGCUGCUGACGAUGAAGUUAAAGAAGAAGCUAAACCAGAAAUUUUCAUCAAGAAGGCACCAAAAUGGUUAGCUAGACCAGUUUCUGUUUCUUUUGCUUUUGGUGGUAAAUUGGUGUGUGUUAAAACCGUGAUAAACGAAGAUAAAACCGAAUCUUCAGUUGUAGAGAUUACUUCUGUCAAAUUUGAUAAUACUGAAGGUGCUGCCAAUCUUGAGAAAUUAUCAAGCAUCUUAUCUGACGAUGAAUCAAAGGCAAAAGAAAUCAUCAAAGAAAGAUCAUCUGGUGAAGAAUCUUUUGACUGGAAAUUAUUGGAUGAAUUAAAAUCUUUAAGCGGAGAUAAGAAGAAGUUAUUGGCCAAGUACGUUUCAAGCCAACUGCAAACUGUUGAUAAAAAGGACGACGACAAGGAAUCUGACAAUUCAUCUGCCAAUGAUAUUAAAUCUGAUAAUGAUGAUGACAGCUUUUUCAAUAAUUUGGCUGAAGAAUCAAAGGAAGUCUUAACUACAAAGGUGUUCAAGCCAACGGGCUCGUUUGAACUUUUUAGCAAAUCUGAUGAUGAAACUGUGACUGAGUUGAAAAAGUUAAUUUUGGCUGGUAAAUUCAGUGAAUCAAUUGAAUUAUCGUUAGAACAUGAAAAGAUUGUUGAAGCAUUAAUAAUUGCCUUAAGUUCUGGUGACGAAAAAUUGAAGCAAAAAGUUUUGGGCUACUACUUUGAAAACAAUAUCGAAAAAAAGAAAGACAGCUUAGCCAGAUUAUUGUAUUCCACUUCUAAUUUCUUUCCACAAGUUUCGGGCGCAGGUUCUGAAACCAGUGAAGAUUCUAUUAAUGACUUGAUCUCCAAUGGUUCUGUUGAUAACUGGCAGGAAAUUGCACUUGGUAUUUCCACUUACAUCAAAGAUGAAGCCAAAUUUAAUUCUAAAAUAACUGAGUUGGGUACUAGAGUAUAUGAAUCUGGCUCAAGAGAUAAUGCUAUCUUAUUGUAUUUUGUUGGUGGCUCAUUAGAUAAGAUUAGUGAAAUCUGGUUAAAGGAGCUUGAAGACAAGGAAAAGGACAUUGUUAAUACUAAGGUAGACUCUGAAGAUGCUAAGAAGAAGUCUUUAUUGGAUAUUUACUACAAAUUAUUGGAUGAUUUGAUUAUCAAGGUUUUGAUUUUUAAGAAGUCAUUAGGCAUUGCCGGUGAAUUUCCAAAUUCUGACAAAUAUUCAAAAUUGGUCAAGGUUUUCCUUGAUUACAUCAAGAAUAUUGGUGACAAUCAUGGUGAUUUUACUGUAAUGGAAAAAUUGUUGAAUAUCUUGCCAAAUGAUUUAAGUGAUGUUGAACUUGGAAAAGCGAGAAUAUGCAGGGCCACCGCCAAACCAACUCCAGUUGCCACCGCCACGGCCAGCGCUACCAGAACUAUCAGAGGAGGUAAUAAAUAUGCUUCACCAGUUGUAAACAAAUAUGGUUCACCAGCAGCUAGCAAAUAUGGACCAACAGCCACAGCUGCUUCUAAUCCAUAUGGUUCACCAGCUCUUAGCAAAUUGCCAACGGUUCCUCCUGUGCAAACUGCUGCCGCUACUGCUCCACCUCCAAUCAAUGGUAUUGGUGUGAAGAGCAAUAACUUAGGAGCCGCCAAAAAGUCUACUCGCUCUAAAUACAUUGCUCCACAACCAGUGCUGACAGGUAACGCCUUUGGUUUGCCACCUUCCCAGCAACCUUUCCAGCCUGCGAAUCCAGCAUUUGGCGCCCCUAACAACUUGUAUACUCCGGCUCAACCAACCAAUAGCAAUUAUGCACCAGGUAUAAUAAACUCUAAUGCCCCACAGUUUGGUCAGGCCCCUCCUCUUAACGCUCCUCCUCGUGGUUCAACUUCCCAAAAUCCAUCUACGGACAAGAAGGAUGGGCAUGAAGGUUGGAAUGAUUUGCCAGAUACUUUUGCUAAUGUUACUAGUAAGUUCAAGAAGAAGGCUGCCCCAGUUAAUGUGGCUCAACCAUUUAGUGCUACUCCACCACCACAAAGUCCAGCCAUUGGUAACCAACCUCCAUUUUCUAGAACUUCAUCUUUCUCAGUCUCCGGUCCACCACCAAUGAAAAAGAACUUUAGCUCUCCAAAAGUAUCCACCGCUAAUUUGAGCUCACCACAACCGGCUGUGAAUGGUAAGUAUGCCCCACAAGUUCUGAGCGUUAGUAUUCCACCAACAGGUGGUCAACAGCCUAAUAAUGGUAUGAUGUCUCCUCAACCUGUUAAUCCAUACGCUCCACCUCCACCAUCACAAUUUACAGGUCUCGGUGCUGCCUCUCCAUUUGGCACUCCGCCUGCGCAGGCUAACAGAGCUCUAAGUGGUGCUCCAUCAUUUGGUGCUCCACCAAUGGGAGGUAGAAAUGCCAAUCCAUAUGGCGUUCCUCCACAAACUAAUACACACAGCGCUCCUCCGCCUAUGAUGAAUGCUGUACCACCAACUGCUGCUCAAUCUCUUGCCCAGCAAUCCGCUGUUCCACCGCCACCAAAGUCGGUUACAACUGCCCCAGUGCCAGCCGCGCCGGCCAAGCCAAAAUAUCCUACUGGUGACAGAUCUCAUAUUCCACCAGAAGCCCAGCCAAUAUUUCAAAUUUUGAAUGAUGAACUUUCUGCUGUUAAACCAAAGAUCCCUGCCAAAUAUACUAAGAAGAUUGUUGAUACCGAAAAGCGUUUGAACAUUUUGUUUGAACACUUAAACAACGGAGAAUUAUUAAGUACUGGUACUAUUGACUUAUUGAAGCAAUUGGCAACUAGUUUGAGUGGCAAGGAUUAUGCUGGCGCCCACGGUGCUCAUUUGGAAAUUGGCACUAACUUUGGUGCCGAAUCCGGACAAUGGCUAGUUGGUGUUAAGCGUUUGAUUGAUAUGGUUGAGGCUACGGACAGUAUGUGA